AUGGUGUGCUCUAAGAUAGAGAAGAGGAUGAUAGCCACAUUCUUCUUAAAAGAUGAUGCUCUGGAUUGGUGGAAGAGCACGAGGCGGACUGUGGAUGUGUCUACCUUGACCUGGGAUGGUUUCACGACACUUUUUCGAGAAAAGUACUUUCCAGCUACAGUGCAGGAGGAUUUAGAACUUGAGUUCCUUGAGCUAGUACAUGGAGAUAUGACUGUCAGAGAGUAUGAGGCACGUUUUGCACAGUUGUAUCGGUUUGUCAGACCAAUGGGUGAAACCUCCUUAGCCCAUAAGUUUCCACGGGGACUUAAGCAAGAGUACAAGACCAUUAUAUCAGCACUUUGUCUGUCUACCAAGGAGUUGAUGUAUGAGAGUGCCCUAAAUUUGGAGCAGGCUAAUAAGACUCGCGAAGAAGAUGUGGAAAGUAGAGAUACUAGAGGAAAAGGCAAGGCAAUCAGUUCAGGCAACCGGUCCUUAGGACAGAAAGGUGGAACUUGGAAGAGGUCGAGAUCCUAUUACCAGACUCCGGCCAAGACAACAUCUCCUUCUGUUAGGACCGCACUUGUUAGACCGAUGACAUCAAUAAGGUGUUUCGUUUGCAACGAAACAGGGCACUAUGUCACAACUUAUCCGAAAUCAAAGAGAACAGACUAUUAUAAGUGUGGGCAAGUGGGACAUUUGGCGAAAGACUGUAACUGA